UUUAUUUUGAGACCGUAUCAUGGCCAGAAAUUCCUUUAACAUCUGCCUACUUAGCCCAAAAGCAAAAGCAAUAUCAAUGAAUCUCCUCCCUUCUUCUGUUUUCAUAUACAAUGGAGCAAUCACACAACGAUUCAACAAAAGCUUGAGGUCUUCAAUGCUUUCGUCCACAAAAUCGAACAGAACAAAGGCCUCACGAAGGCCACAUACUCUAUACUUCUUAUUCAAAGUCAAUGACCUCGACAGUAAGAAUGGAAGUGAUUGAGAAAUCAACGAUCACGACCCGCUAAAUCCUCCUUCCACCGCUCUUCUCGGCUCAGUUCGGCGUCCCGUGUCCACCCACCAGUCGGCGACGGCGAAUGUUGAAAGGUUCAGCCAAUAGGACCCGAACCCGAUUACACCCUACCCGAAAAUCCGACCCGUGUGCACCCCUAUUUAGAACUUUGUCAUCUGAUCUUUUUCCGUCUGUCUCAUAGAUAUUACAAUGUUUACCAAUGAUAAAAGGCAAAAAGAGCGCACCGGGAGAUACGGUACUCCAAGGCUUCAAUACCUUCAGGAAUUGGUUACUCAGUUUCAGAACGCUACAAAUGAAGAAACAAAAGAGAGAGUGGUUGCUAAUUUGGCCAACUUUGCUUAUGAUCCUUAUAAUUAUACAUUCUUGCGCCAGCUCAAUGUUUUAGAACUCUUUCUGGACUGCAUAACUGAACCAAACGAGAAGCUAGUGGAAUUUGGAAUAGGAGGGGUAUGCAAUUCUUGUGCUGAGCCUGAAAAUGCUGCAAUCAUUAUUCAACAUGGGGGAAUCCCUCUUGCAAUACAGUGUUUGUCAAGCCCAGUAAAAAACACUGUGAAUUCGGCACUUGGAUCUCUUUAUUAUCUCUGCAACAAUUCUAACAGGGGCGAGGUUUUAAAACCAGAAGUGAUAGAUCUCAUCAAUAGAUAUGCUACUGCUGAAGCCACGAGUGUCAGCUUCAGUAACUUGGCCAGGGCUUUUUUGGAAAAACAUGUAUUUGAAAGCAUUUGACAGUCAUGGAGCCAAGUUUGUUUCAUUGUAAUCCUUUUGAAAACAACACAAAACUAUUUACAAGAAUAGAUUCCUUCCCCUACUCUUAUAUUAUUCUACUAUGUAUUCAUUUGUACUGAUGGAAGGAGAGUACAGGAAAAAGAAAUCAGUUCCAGCCUUUGUUUCUUUGUUUC